UUAAUUUUGCAAGUUCGCCGACAUCGUUCUCUGUAUGACAACAAUCAUAAACUGUUCUCAAAUGUUGCUAAGAAGGAAUUGGUGUGGCAACAAGUUGCUAAAGAAUUAAAAGUAAAUGUUGAUUAUUGUAAAGAUACAUGGAUUGAAUUACGCUAUAGUUACCAAUGUCAUGCACGGCGUUUACAUAACUAUUUCAUUACUGGUCACAAAGAAAAUCGUAAGCGUCCCGCUAUGUACUUGGAAUCGGAACUUAUGUUUUUGUGGAGAUUUAUAGAAAAUCGAAAAUCUUGUAAAUUACCUUUUGAUAUUACGGAAAUUAAUACUCAACCGGAACCUCAAAUAGAGCCUGAGUUACAAAAGACAGCAGAAACAGCAGAUGUAACCGAAGUCGAAAUAAUAACAAAUCUUGAUGUCGAAGAAGAGGAAAAGAUGGUAGAAUGUAGUAAAGAGAAUGAAACAACAGCCACUACAAAACCAAAACCUGUAGAUGAUGAUUUAAUAUUAGUGGAACAGCCAGUCGAAUUGAUAGUCAUUGAAGAAGACGACGACAAUGGCAAAACUGAGAAACAAUUCAAACUUAGCCAUAGCAUGAAGCUGUUAAUAACUCACAUCAAAACCUAUCCCGAAUUAUAUGACAGCGAACAUCUGGCAUUUAAAGAUUACACAAGAAAAAGUUACAUAUGGAAUGCUAUAGCUAGUAAUUUGGCUGAUAAAGCUACAAAAUUAAUGAAAUGUUGGAUUAUCAUGCAAACACGUUAUGAAUGGGAGUUGUGGCAAUCAAAUCAACACAAAGAUAAUACAGCAACUCCAGCUACACCACCUUCAGAGUUGCAGGUACAGUUGGAAUUCUUAAGAAAUUAUAUACUUGCCAACCCCGAUACGGUUUACAAACAAUCAUAUUAUUUGAAAACCGCUUGGUUUGAUCCCAUUGACUAUUUCAAGGACAUUUACAAUUUAAUUGUACGCAUGAAGAAAAUGUCCGAUAUUGUUUAUGUCACAGAUUCGCAGUUAAAGACACCGGAAAAAAGUAAGCAGUACUUAACGCUUUGGACAGAUAUGGCUAAUUUGAAAGGUUGUUCGGCUGGACAAUGUGAAACAACAUGGCUUAUUAUGCGCUACUUCUAUUGGGAACUAAUGUACAUGCGUCAACAAAACUACCAACUCACUGAUAAAUGGUACUUUGAAACCAUUAUUACCGAACUUUAUGCCAUUUCCAAAGCAGCACAAACAUCAAAGCAACAAGAACUUCAAGUUCUCAAGCAAAAUAAACAAGCGAAAAAAGCCGCUAAACGUCCGGCUCAAACAAGUGCUACAUCACUGGGAGCACCAAGUACCACCAGAGUGGCCACAACAAUCACCAUGACGCCAACAAUUAUCAAUAAUCUACAAAGUGUACCCUCUUCAAACUCAACACAAACAAUACAAUCCGCUGCUGUGCAAACGAAUUCGUUUCCAAAAAUAACAGCAGCCAUAAGUUUGGCACCUCAGGCCUUAAAUACGGGAUCAUUACAAAUAAAACCAAUAACGGGACCACCAAAUUUAUCACCUGCCCCAAACACACUCAACUUUUCCAAUUACAUGUCCAUUUCUUCUCUACCAGCCUCAACAUCUAUGCCAGUUAUGAUGCAAACACAAAUGCCAAUGUCAUUUAAUUUACCAACUCAAACGAAGGUAACAACUGUGCCUAUACCAUCGCUUCUUAGACCUUUGGCUCCCAAGCCCACACAGGCUACGAUUAGAACAACGCCUCAAAUAACCGUUAGACCUAAAGCCGUAUUGAGGCCUCCACCACCAGUAAUGCAACCACAAUUUCAAAUAACACCUAUGACUAACCCUUCCAUGACAACUUUUAGUACGAACAACGUAAAUCUACCAAAUAUGGCUGCUAAUAUACAGCAGACACCCACUACUCUAGGCAGUAAUAGUAAUACUUGUAGCUCUGUUCCUCCUCCAAUACAAGGCUCCUCCAUAUCAUCAUACAAAUUAACCGUACCUCUCAGUAAUAUGGCCACAGCUAUUCCAGCUUCUACAAUUCCACCAGCAGCUGCCAACACCAGCCAAUUACCAAAAAUUUCAAGUGCCAUUUCUUUGCUCAAUCCCAAUGAAAUUCUAAUCGAACUUAUAGCCUCACAAAGUGGCAAUCUAUUGGUGGUACAUGGUCCUCCCCUGAGUGCCAAAUAUCAAUUGGCUAUGCCCACGGUGGCAAAAUUUAUACGUGAAGUCUUGGCCAUACCAUUGUUGCACAAUAAACGUGCCAAUCAACCCAGUUUGAUAAAUUACUAUUGGGAACAUAUUGGUCGUAGGUUUAAUUUACCAGUACAUAUUUGUCGCGCCUGUUGGAACUUUUUACUAGAAAACUUUAAUCAUUUCCCCCAAAUCGCCCCCUUAAAAGAUCUAAUGAGACCUUUCCAAACAUCUUUGACGGUAUGGCAGGAGUCGACGACGUUAUUUAAUAAAUUUGAUGAGCACUGUGUUUCCAAGGGAUGGCUGCAGUACAUAAAACGUUUGCCCGAAGUUGUGGAAUGCAUAAGUGGUUAUCCGGUGCUAUAUCAAGAUGUAGCCAAAGCCAAUAGCAAUGAACAGCUCUCCGAUAUGGAAACACUAUGUGCCUGGCGCACAUUAAGCCUAAGAUUUCCAAAAAUUCCUGAUAUUCAGGAUAUAUGGGUGGCCAUUAAAGCCUGCUUCUGUCAAUACAUGACAGAUUUGGAAUUUGGCAUAGACAAUAAAUGGCCUAUUAAUUGGUGGCGGGCCUUGGCCAGACUGAAAUUCUUAGUAGAAGCCCGAUAUACACCAAAUGAACCAUUUUAUUUUAUAGUCAGCAACAAAAUGGUAGAGGAAAUUGAGAAAUGUGCCAUGUUGGAAAUGAAAAACAGAUAUAAAAAUGACAAAACUACACCAAAAGCUGAAAAUGAAAUAACGAAGACUGAACAGGAGCAGGAGGUCCCAACCAAGAGUAACGAUGUGAUGACUAAAUGGUUGUCCUCAAACAGCAAAGCAAAAAGAGAAGUAGAAUUAGGCGCUCUAAUGACAGCCAUACAAAAACAUCCAGUGAUAUAUGGCAAAGCGGAUAAUAUGGUUAAACAUGAAGCCUGGAAAAAAGUAGCCAAGGAAUUGCGUUUGUUAGUUACCGACUGUAUGUUGGCUUUUAAACAGGCCACCCAAAUGUAUUUCGCCUACAAGAAACAAGAUCCCGUCAGUCGUUGUCGCGUUAAUGAAAGAUAUUACAAAAAGUUGGAUGAAAUCGUACGCAACCUAUCGUCCUCCAACAAAUCAUCAACAUCAUCAAGUCGUUGUAAAUUAAAUAUAAAAACUCCAUUUGAAUUGAAUCGCAGUGUAGAUACGGAUAAUUCGUCGAAUGGUUCUAACGAUUCGGAUUUAGUAUUUCCCGAACGUUAUAUCAGUGAUAUUAGUAUGUCGAAUAGUCCUAGUAAUUUAGUGGUUAAGAAUUGGGUUUAUGCCAUCGGCAAUUUAGUACAUUUUAGCGAUAAGCAGAAUUUAAAAUUAAACGCAAUUUUAAGCAAAUAUAUAACACAUGUCAAAGGAUGGCCCAGUGUAAAUCAGGAUGCACAGAAUUAACAAAAAAAAUAAAUAAUCAUAUUUAUAGACAUUCAAGUUCAAUUAUAUUUUAUUUAUUCAGUAUUAUUGGCAAAUAGAAAAUACAAUACAAAUUCCAGCUGUUAAUUCAAUGCGGUUUAAUAUUUCUUGCUACUUUAACAAAAAUUAUGCAGUAAAAUUUAACAUUUUGUAUCCAAUAUUUAAUUUUUUCCAUAUUUAUUAAUCAUUUUGAACAAGUUCCACAUUCUAAUUUAAGCCCAAUUUUUGCAUUUUUCUUGCAAUGAUGGGCAAAAUGAUUAGACAAUGCAAAUUUGUGAAAUUUCUUAAAAUACUAGAGAUAUGAUUGUUUCCGGUUUUAAACAGGGCUAUUAUUUAAUUAAAUAUACGUACAUUAUUUUUUAAGUAUUCCUUUGAUAUUACAUGUAUCUAUUAAGUUUGGUUGUAAUCUCCAAAUUUUGUUUUUUUUUAUUUUUUACUUAUUGCUUAUUAUUUUUUUUUGUAAAAUACCUUAUUUUUUAUUGUUUUGAGGUCGUAAAAUAGUAGCAUAAAGGAUAUUUUAAUAAAGAAUCAAAAAAAUUUAA